CCCGAGACCUUUUCGAUCAAUCUCGCCCGUUUUCCAACCCAUCACCCCCUCUACCGUUUCCCCCCCGUUGGUUUGUGCGUCCUUUUCCCUCAUCAUCAUCCACAGCCGUCGCGUUUUUGUUGCUGCCGCGACUUGCUUGAGAAUCACUCUUUUAAAGUUGAAGGUUUUAAAACAUUGCUGCGCGCUGUUAGCACAACUGCGUCGCUUUGCGCCGUAGGUUUGGCGCUGCUGAUUCCCCAAAAAUCUUGCGCGACUCCAAAUCCUGGCACGGCAACAACAACAACAAAAAAACACGCGCCCUGUUUAUCGUGUACCUCCGGUCGCGACAACUUCCGCGUCCAUAGAUAUCACCAAACUCUUCUCAAUUCACCUCAUAUAUUGCCAACUCAUACUUUUUUUUCAGCAGUUUCAAUUCUACAUUGCAGCAUUCACCAUGUUUUAUUCAGAUACCCUGCUCCGGACCACGGGGCCACUGUCGCGGGUAUGGCUGGCGGCAAACAUGGAGCGCAAGCUCUCCAAAGCCCACAUCCUGCAGUCAAAUUUGCGGCACAGUGUUGAACAGAUCAUUCAACCCAGUGAAGAAGCUCCACUAGCUCUGCGAUUGAGUGGUCAAUUGCUCCUCGGUGUCGUGAGAAUCUACAGCCGCAAAGCCCGUUACUUGCUAGAAGAUUGCAAUGAAGCUUUGAUGAAGAUCAAGAUGGCUUUCCGCUCAUCGGGUAACAAUGACUUGCCGACCAAUUUGCAUCUACCCAACCGCGAAUCGCUUAUGCUUCAAGAUCGCAUCACACCGCAUGAUAAUCUUGAUGAUCUUCCCCCGGAGCCAACGAUCAACUUUGACGACUUUACGACGUCACAACAACUUGGACGCAAGGGGAGAGUCAGCAACCGCGAGAUUAACCUACAGGAAGACUUCAACAACAGCCAAUUUCUCCAGGAUGAGUCACGGAAUGAGCUCAACCUGAAGGUAGCCGACAUGGACGAGGACCUGGAGCUGGACUUUGGCUUGGACUUGGACAUGGAGGAAACCGUGGUGGAAGCUGGACGUGAUGCGCCGGCUGCCAGGGACGUGGAGGAUGACAUGAUCAGUGAGCUCGUUCCUUCCAAGGAACGAGACACGUCUUUGGGACUUGACUUUGGGGAUGACGAGCAAGUCCGCAUCGCCGAUGUGGAAGGCGAUAUUCCCAUGUUUGACGACGACAUGGAUUUCAACAUUGGCGAUGCGUCCGCCAUGCCUCAGGGCCUGAUGGAUGUUGCUCCCGAGCGCGCUCGCAUCUCAGAAUCCCCCCUUUCUGACAUUGACCCAGCAUUUGCGAACGAGAUGGAGAUGGAGUUCUCACGCACCAUGAACGGGGACAUGUACGAACCGGGCGACGAUACAGAAAGGACCAUCACCAUGAAGGCGCCGCAGCGGGCAAAGAAGCGACGUGCUAUUGUGCCGGACACUGAUACCAUGCUGACAAGCAACCAUAUCCGAGAUCAGCAAGCUCACCAUGACAACAUCUUGAAGCCGCAGACGUUCGUCCCCAACGAGCCUUACCUUCUUACCCUAUUGGACAUGCAAAAGAGUGGUGGCUUCGUUUCCAACGUCAUUCUAGAGUCGAGGAGUGAAGAGUGGGCUCCCGAGCUGAAGGGAUUGUUGUCGCUAGAGUCCAUCCGCCCCAUCAACGAUCUCAAGCGCAAGCGGGAUAGUGGAAUCGCAGAUAUGGGAAGCGGAGACGAGCAAGGGCAGUCCAAAUCCCCUCGUCUGGAGCUUGGUGACGAUGAUGAUCAGCUCAACCUUGGCCUUGACGACCCUGCGGACCAGACCGCCAGACCGGAAGGAACUGUUCUCGAGAUACCCGCAGACGAAGGCUUCGAACAGCAUGAUGACACUGGCUACGAAAACGUGACUGCGAUGCCCGCGUUUGACGACACGGUAGCACCGCAGACUCUCCCUGCCGACAGCGGACCAAUUUCUAUCGGUACCAAGCAUGCGGUCCAUAUUCUGCGUGAUCUGUUUGGGCCGGAUGCUGCCACUGAUGAUGAGAAGCGCAAGAACACAUCUGUUGUCUUCCAGGAGCUUCUCCCAGAGAGCAGGACGACAAAGGCAGAUGCGACCAAGAUGUUCUUUGAGUGCCUCGUUCUGGCUACCAAAGAUGCCAUCAAGGUCGAGCAGCCCGAGGGUGUGCUUGGUGGGCCCAUUCGCAUCCGUGGCAAGAGGGGACUGUGGGGAGCUUGGGCCGAGAGAGAGGCUGGUGGAGAGAUGGCAUCACAAGUCGACGAGCCUGAACCAGCAGUCACAAGCGCUCCUGUGGUAUCAGUCGAGGCAUAGUUGCGUUCAUCUGCUGUACAAGGUUUUUCUUUCUUUGGAGACUAGCAGCAAGUCUCGCUUCCGCUGUAUAUAUUGACAGGCAUGCCCUGUGGCUGUUCGGGUUCUUGAGGAGCGUUCUGGAGCUACUGUUAUUAAGGUGUUGGCUUGUGUUUUCUUCGUCCUUGUUCUUUUCUUGUCUUUGUGGGUGGUUUCCAUUUACUACUGUUUGCGUCACGCGACCAAGUGGCGUUCUGGCGUCUUUUGGACGAUUGAUUUUGAGUUUGGGGGAAAUACCACUUUGAUACUCCCUGGGAAAGGGGAUUAUUAGCAUUUGUGUUGGCUUGUUCAAAACCAUGGGGUGUAUCGGGGGUUUCUGGUUAAGGAAGCUCUUGGAGCUCGAAAGGCUGUUGUCUAGUUGACUUUCCUGGAUUAAGUAAGGCCUGACUGGACACGGUUAACGAGAAUUCUAGAUAGAAAGCAUUGUAGCAUACAAAAAGAGGCUCUUAGGUAGUCAGAGCCUUCAUCGCAUCUAAUAAGGCGAGGCUUUGGACAUUUAAGA